AUGGGAGAAGGAUUUGUAGCCACGUGUGGGCGGCAGGAAGGCGUUGUGCUCGAGGCUUGGGCGGGCUUGACACACGCGCCCCCUUCCGCGACGCGGCCUGCCAACCUGGCGUCCCUCUUCAGACAGCCGUCCCCGCGGUCGCCAGCGCCGCCCUCCGCCUUCCCGUCUGGCCUCCAAGCCAUCGGCCACAACGAUCUCCAUGCCUCCCGACGCGUCUCCCGCACCGAACUAGACUUUGAGCAAGCCCUGCGAGCCGGGGGCACAGUCGUCCUCAAGGAGGGGCUCGACGUAGACAGCUUAGGUGCUGAUCUAUCCAACGCAUCCAUCUCCUUCUCGUCUUCCUCGCCAUCGCCACGCAGACCACCUAUACCCGCUACGCCUACCAUUGUGCCCCCCACCCCCUCGCCCGCGGUCAGUCCCCGCCCACGGCCUUCCUCUUCCUCUGUCCACCCAACCCUGGCGCCGUCCUCGUCCUCGUCGACGGACUUUCUGUCCGAGGAGCCGGACAGUGAGUAUCACACCAAGCGGCGUUCCAUGUAUCGUUCCCCCGGCACGGCCAGCAGUCCGGACCUCGCCACCCUGCUACGUAAAGCGAAGGCCCGCGGCUCAACUCCCAACGGCAGCAAAGCCUUGGAAUCCCCGACAACUCCAAGCUGGACCGAUGCAUACCAGAGCAACACCCGCAAGCGGUCCUCGACCUCGUCGCCAGCGGCUUCGCCCCAAGUGACGCCCGCUCCGAAGGGCAAGUUCAAGCCCAAUCCGUUCAUGGACAUGGCUCACGACGGCAACACGAGUGCCGAUUGGGUCUUAACUAGCCCGCGGUCUGCGGGCCCGGCCAAGAAUGCAAAGUCUUCCGUCCGACAAAAGACUUCUGCUUUCCUAGGCAAAAUGCUCGGCCAGUCGAGCACCCGUGAACGCGCACGAACAAUCACAUCGUCACCGUCAACCACAUCUGUCGCAUCCUACCCGUCAACGCCGCUCAUGGAUGCCUUUACACCGCCAGUGCCACCUAUACCACCGAAGCACCGACAGAACUUUGCGUCACCGCGGGCGGAUCCCUCGGAUGUGUUCAGCGACGCGUCCAGCCUCAACAAAAGCCUUCCCUCCGCGCCCUCCGACGCGGACGACCUCUCUGUCGUGAUGAUUGACGAGCCACCACCCCGUUCCCGCUCGCCGUCCCCAACCACGACCCUCCGCCAGCGGCCGUCAUCAGCUUCAAAGCACGCACGCACGGCGAGCCGCGGGAACAAGCGGCGCAGCAUGAGCGUCAGCGACGCCGACCUCAAGAAGGUGAUGGCCGCCGCUCAGGGCGCAGGGCCGUCCACGCCGGCGCGUGCAUCUGGCGAAGGCCGUCGGCCGGAGGUAUGGGGGCGCACCCUCAGCGGCAUUAUUUCUGACUUCCGUGGUGAGCUCUCACAGCUCGAUACAGACACCGGGACAGGCACGCUCGACUUGCGCGACCCGACGACACCUGCCCGUCGGCCCGCGCUCGCUGCACUCCGCGCACAGAGUGACGGCGCCGCCAACAAGGAGGACACCUCUAGUCGGCCAACACUAAGGCCGAUAGCCUCCUCGCCUGCGACAGCGCCAACACCCACAUUCAACUUGCAACCCGCAGAGGCGACAACGUCGGGCGAGGAGACUGCCUCACCGCUGCCACCUCGAACGGCUUCCUUACAAGGCUCGCCUGUCCGUGCACGCUCGGGCUCGGCGAGCGCAGGCCCGCCUCGUACGUCGUCGCUGAAGUAUGGCCCGCGCUCGCCGCAGAUGCGCAGCGGGAGUGGGUCGCUCGCGUCCGUCGGCAUGGGCAUGGGCGGCACGGGGACGGGCAUGGAGCGUCUCCGGGCACACCACCGCUCGACCGCGUCGACGUCGGAACCCUCGCUCGUCCCCGCGUCAGACAUCGGGGACCAUAUCACGCGUUUCGCGUUGAGCAAUCCUAGCAGUGCGCGCGCGCGGGGCUCGCCGGUGAAGGGCCAAGCCGAGGAUAGCGCGGACUUGGACGCGCGCGGGCGCGAGCUGGCGGAGCGCUGCUGGACGGAGGACGAUGACUUCCUGGCGAAGGACAAGAUCGCGGAGUGGCUCGGCGGGCAGAGUGCGAUCAACAAGGCGGCGCUCCGGCACUACAUGGACCACUUUGACUUCUCGGGGUUGCGGUUGGACCAUGCGUUCAGGCGGCUAUGUGCGAAGCUGUUCCUGAAGGCGGAGACGCAACAGGUCGACCGGAUCCUCGAUGAGUUUGCAAGGCGGUACUUCGAGUGCAACCCUAGUAGCAUCUUCGGCAAUGCCGGCGUCGUCCAUGCUGUCACGUACUCACUCCUCCUUCUCAACACCGAUCUCCACGUCGCCGAACUCGCGUCGCGGAUGUCGAAGGGCCAAUUCGUCCGUAACACACUGACCACCAUCCAGAUACAGCUGCAGCCGAACCAAGGCUCGAACAGCGACCUCUCAUACGACGACUGGACGAGCUUCCGCGCUGGCUCGGACAGUGACGUCGCUGGGGCGAACGCUGCCCGCCGCGCGAAGCGCAGUGACAGUAUCACGAGCUGGAACAGCAUCGGCACGCGGGAGGGGAUGUUCAACCAGGUGACGUCUGCAGGGACGUCGAGCGGGCAGCUGAGUUCGGCCUCGGAGAGUACGGGUCAGCGGCCAGUGAAUGGGAGCGAGGUGUCGGUCGCGUCGGGCCAGGAGGCGAAGGGCGGUGAGCGGGAGUCGAGAGUGGUGGAGCGCGAGCCUGCGCCUACAACUUUUGUGCAUGACCGGAACUGGGAGGUGGAGAUGGAGAACCUGCUGAAGGAAAUGUACAGCGCUGUCAAGAGCCAGCAGAUCCUACAACCUAUCGGCAGUACGCUGAUGGCCCGUUCCUCAACAUCUUCCCUUAGCCCGCAUCAUGGAGUGUUGUUGCGACAACGCAGCCUGCGCGGCCAACCAGGCGACCGCUUAGCGAACCUCAAGCGAGGCAGUAUCCGUGGUCUGCAGUCCAUAUUGCACGCGCAGGCAGGCGCCAGCCCGUACAGCAGCAACAGCAGCAUCGACGGCCGGGCGAGUCCCGCACCCAGCUUCGCCAACUCUAUUGAUGGUCUUCACGCUUCCACGGCAUCCUUCCUCACCCCUGCCAUGGGCUUUGCAUCCAAUCUCUCACAUACCAUAAUCCGAGAGACCCAGGAGGACGACUCCCACAGCAUGAAGAGCGAGGACACAGGUACUGACGUCAGCAUCACGGACGAAGAGCUUGCUCUCCUCGGCCCGCCUUGGGCAAAGGAGGGUAUGCUUUGCCGCAAGCAGUACUGGGAGUCUACUGGGAAGCGGGCGAAGACGAAGACAUGGAUGGACGUCUUCGUCGUCAUCCAGAAGGGUGAGCUUAGUAUGUUCAUCUUCGGAGAACAUGCACACGGCGCAUCGCAUGUCGUGGGCGGCGGUAAUUGGCUUGAAAACGCACAGCCAGUGGGUACACUGAUCCUUGCCCAUUCACUCGCGCACGCUCUGCCGCCUCCUGGAUACAACCGCCAACGCCCGCAUUGUAUGGUCCUCACGUUGUCCAACGGAGGUGUCUACUUCUUCCAGGCCGGGACCGAGGAGCUUGUGAACGAGUGGGUCUCAACGUGCAACUACUGGGCAGCGCGGCAGAGCAAGGAACCCCUCAUUGGCGGCGUGUCCAACAUGGAGUACGGCUGGAAUCGCGUGUUGGACCCCGUCACACGAGUGCGAUCCGCGUCUGAGGAUAACUUCUCCCAACACGACGAGGAUGAUGCUUUUAGUGUCAGGAGCGGUCGGAGUGGGCGCAGUCGGUUGAAAGACAUGGCAGCGACCGUUCGCGCGGACAAGUCGCCUUGGGCCGAUAGGACGUUCAUUAACGAAUGGAAACCGCCCAUGCCUCCCACGGUGCCGAGCAACCACGAUGAAGAGACUCAGCUUGAGGCGUUGCAGAAACAUGUUGCGUAUCUCAAAACAGAGCUCAAGCGGCAUAACGAGCUGAGGUCGCCCAUGACCAACCUAUACCAGCCUCGCUCCGCUAAUGCUGCAAAGUCUCUCAGUAACUGGGAGAAGAAGUCCCAAUACCUCUUGACCGAGAUCGUCAAGUACGAGUCAUACAUAGACUCGCUGCAGGCGGCGAUGAACCUUCGUUUGAAGAAGAGAGGAGAGAAGGCGCUUGAACGUGCUCUCGUGGGCGCGAGUCCGACGGACGACGAGCCCACCGACUCUGCGAAGGCCAAGUGGAAGGGGCAGCCAGAGGAGGAGACGAUAGAGGAAGGUGACGAACCACCGCCGAGUGCUGGAUUACGUCCAUCUCCGUCUCCAUCCUCAGGUAACGGUAUGCACCGCAGGGAGCAAGCCGAGAUUGGGGGCGACGACAAUGACUGA